AUGUCACGAACAUUCCCUCCCUCAGUCAGGUGGACGAUGCUCGCGUCCCUCUUCCUCGUCCUCGUCCUCUUGACGUUGACAAUCGCCCUCCAAAUCAAGAUGGGAGGCUACAUCAUCACCGUCGUAUCGGGUACGCUCGUCGGUAUCACCCUGCUUCAUCACAUCGUCUUCCUCAUGAUGGCGCGUUCCGAGCGCAAAGCAGAGGCAGAGGACCCACUAAACGCACCGCUCGCAUGCCCGGCGUGUCUCACCCAUAUGGCAUCGCUCAUCGCAACAUUCCUCCUCUUCAUGGUGUGGUUCGGUCUCUCCUGGGUUCCCCUGGGACUGUCCGUCUUCUUCCUCCACGUCAAGGACGACCCAGAGCUCCAGGGUGCCAAACCCGUCGUCGUCGAGCUCGGAAUUCUUCACGGAGUGCAGGGACUUUUGGGAUAUGUCGAGUGCUUUGUCUGCCUCGGCAUCUUCUGCAUCCUCGUCCACCACCGCCGACGACAGAACAGAAUGGCCCACGAGUUGGCCAAGGAGGAGGCAUAA